AUGGAAAACAGAACCGACUCUUUAUAUUUUAACCUAACCAUGUUCAUGAACAUUGGGUACUACCGUUAUCCAGCCUUCAUUUUUUCCCUCCUGCUCUAUAGCUUUAUUGUGUGUACAAAUCUUGCCAUGAUGUUGAUAAUAUCGCGGGACAGAACACUCCAUGAGCCUAUGUAUAUUUUCAUUGCAUUUCUAUCAGUCAACUCUCUGUAUGGUUCUACUGCUUUAUUUCCCAGAUUUCUCAUGGACCUUCUUUCUGAUACUCAUUUAAUCUCUCGUCCUGCUUGUUUCACUCAGAUUUAUAUUAUUUACACAUAUGCUUCCUAUGAAUUAACAAUUCUCAGCAUUAUGGCAUAUGAUCGAUAUGUUGCUGUAUGUCUUCCUUUACACUAUCAUAGAAAGAUGACCUUUAAAGUAGUCUACACAUUGAUUGUUUUUGCUUGGGUUUGUCCAGCCUGUAACCUUACAGUAAGCAUUCAUACUGUUGUCAGGCUUUCUCUGUGUGGUAACAACAUACAAAAGGUAUACUGUGCCAGUUGGAAUAUUGUCAAAUUAUCAUGUGUUACUACUGCUGUUAACAAUGUUGGUGCUUUGUUUGGGGCCAUAAUUAUUGCAUUCCUUCCCUUUGGAUUUAUCUUGUACACUUAUCUGAGAAUUGUGCUUGCAUGUUGGAAAAAGUCAUCAGAGGUCUCGGGAAAAGUAUUACGAAGUUGUCUUCCUCAUGUUAUUUCAUUUGUGAUUUAUUCAGUCACAUCAUUUAGUGAUACUGCACUGAGCCGACAAAAUCUUGAAGAAACAAAUCCAUUUGCUGCUGUGUUUUUGUCACUAGCAUUUAUUGUCAUUCCUCCAGUUCUGAAUCCCAUUGUGUAUGGCCUUAAAUUGCCAGAGAUUAGAAAACACAUUUUCAAGAUAUUAUGCUUAAAAUCUUAG